UCAGUUCUAACUUAAAGCCCUAGAACACAUCAAAGUAACAAAAUAUACAAUCCUAGUAAACACGUUUCAGUAUUGAAAUUACAAAAAAUAUUAAAAAUAUUGAAGAAGUGUGUGGUAUUGUGAAGUUAACAAAUAAAAUUUAAUUUUUAAUAAUUAUGGAGCUUCAAGAAAUGUUCAGAUACGGUUAUAUGUUUCCAACUCAAGAAGACAAUACACCAACAUACUUAGAAUUACCAGAGUAUACCUACGUGAAAGAUAAAAGUGUCUUAUUACCACCAGUGAGCUCAGUAUUAACAGUUCAACCUCAUUGUGUUCUAUACGAAAACAACAGUGAUGGUUGGAAUACUCCAAGCCCACCAGCAAGUCUACGAUCAGUUAGUCCAUCCACAACUAUUUCUUUCACGUCUGAAGAUCGAUCAAUUUGCGAAUCACAUGAAAUGCAUAUAAACCAAUUUACUCAUCAACAACCAGCUAAAAGGAAGCGUACUGACCGUCGUAGUUUGCAUGAAUCCAGUAAGCGUCGUCUACAAGUUCAUGUUCAGUUAAGUGGUGUUAAUCAUGAAGAAGAAGAAAAUCAAGUAGAUCACAAUGAAGAAAAGUUAUCCAGCCGUAGUAUCGUCAGUUCCAGUUCAUUUUCUGAUUGUGUGGAGAUGGAUUUGGAAAGCGAUGGUGGUGCAAGUGAAGUAGAAGAACCUAGAAGACGUGGAAAAUAUGUAAGUUCAACAGUUGUCAAGAAACGAAGACUGGCUGCUAAUGCCAGAGAAAGAAGACGAAUGCAGAAUCUCAAUAAAGCAUUUGAUAGACUUCGUACUUACUUACCAUCUUUAGGAAAUGAUAGACAAUUAUCUAAAUAUGAAACACUCCAAAUGGCACAAUCUUAUAUUACUGCAUUGUAUGAUUUACUUCAAUGA